UAUACGUAUAUACCGAUAAUACUUCGGUCUUUUUUUAGAGUUCAAUUUUUAUGUUGUCACCUACGGUCCCGAGAUGAAACAAAUUGUACAGAAGAAAAAUAUCCAAAACCCAAUGAAGAUAGUCCAAAAACAGAAAUUUCAUUUGGAAAUAAAGUUAUCAAUUCAUUGUCGAUCAAAGAUGACUUUUAUCAGAUACGUUUCUGUGAUCUAAAACAACGAGAUUUUGGUAAAUUUAAAUAUUUGCUCAUCUAUUUAAGUUACAUUUUAGACCAAAUACUAAAAGAUGAGAAGAAAAAGCCCUUAAAUUCUUCGUUGACAACAACGAAGACAAGAGCAGCCAGACCGACAGCAGUUACAACAACACAUUCAACUGCAACGGUUGUAACUGCAGAAACUAGUCCAUCUACUCCGGCUACUAAUCCGACAACUACUCCGACUACUACUACUCCGGCUACUACUACUCUGACUACUACUACUACUGCUACUACUACUACUAUUGCUACUACUACAACUACUACUAUUGCUACUACUACUGCUGCGACUACUACUGCUACUGAUGCCGCUACUACUACCACUAUUCCAACUGCUAGCAGUACCGUCAAUACAACAACUACAGAUACUACAACCAUUACUACAACCACAGCAGCUUCCCCAACAGUUAUCCCAGAAGCGGUUAAUCGUGAUACUGCUAGUGUUACAGCAAACGUAUCGUCAAACAUUAAACGUGAUGUGACUUACGUGAGUCAUUCCUCUCCAGAGCCUGUACAGCAGCAGGAAGAACUGGGAAGUACAAUCCCAUACGAUCCAUCGAAAUUUUAUCGUACGCCAACACUUCGACGAUCACCAUCGAAAGAGAAGAUACUAAAAUUUUGCACAAAGGAUGUAGCUGUUCGAGAUAUCAAUAAUUUGGUUAUCGCAUGUGGUGACGACUUUGAAAUUUGGCGACCGUCAAGAUGUCCACAAAAAUCAGAGUGCUUCUUUGCUGAAGAUUCCACAUACAGAAUCUGUUGUCCAGUUGCUGAAUCAGCAUCAGUCAUUCGGCCAAAUCGUUUAUUGUAG